AUGGAAUUUGAUGAGAUCGUUGUGAAAGAGAGCCCGGGACUAUGCCGGUGCUGUCUUUCCGAAGGUUGCUACAAAGACUUGGGUACGGAAUAUACUUGGAUGGAUGAUACAGAAAUUUAUGCUGAUAUGUUAUUGGAGUGUUUCGAUAUAAGUAUAUCUCAACACAAUGAAGGCCCGAAUGGUCCCAACAGGUUGAUCUGUGAGGUGUGCAUUACUAGGUUAAGAGAUGCCUGCAAUUUCAAGAAGCAAGUAUUGGCGUCGGAAAAAAAGUUUGUAGAUAUGAUAGGUCGUGGCGCUUUUAAACCGAAAGUAUUAGUUUAUCAAAGUCCUGUAAAAGCUGAAACAAACAUGGAAAUACAACAGCAGCUUGAGGAGCCGGAUGUGGAGUAUCUUGAAGCGGAUUUAGAAUAUGAAGGUGAUGAUCUCCCAAAAGAAGAUGAAUCAAUAGAACAAGUAACCGAGGACAUAACUGUAACCACUUUACCGGUAAAAGGCAAACGAGGACGGCCGAGGAAGAAUGCUGUAGUUGUCAAAAGCGAUAAGAAGGCCAAAGUAACAAAAUCAGAUGAGAAACCCAAGACUUCUAAAGCUGUUUCUAAAGAUGUAAAACCCCGGAAACUCAAAGGCUGUGAAUCGUCAUCGAUGCGCAGACGGAAAAAUCUACAAAUUCUAUUCAACAAUACCUCAGUGAUACCGUUCAAAUGGCGAGGGAAAUAUCUCUGCUUCUAUUGUAGUAAAGAUAUAACUGAAUACAUUGAGCUUCGGAAGCAUACGAAGUCUCACGGCAGCUGCUCAAUCGGAGACCAUUCCCUAAAAGUCCUUAAAGGUGGCCAAAAUAUGGAAAUUAAAAUUGACAUAUCAGAUAUAAGAUGCCACGUAUGCGACGAACCGUUCCCAACGAUCGCUGAGGUGGUAAAUCACCUCAAUGUAAAGCAUAAGCUGGAAUACGACAAAGACGUCGAAAUGGCUAUAGAGGAAUACCAAUUAGCAGAUCUAAAAUGCCUGUCGUGCGACGAAAAAUUUUCCUAUUUCGGUUAUUUGGUAUCACACGUAAACAAUAAUCAUCCAAAGAAUUGCCUGAUAUGUGACAAUUGCAGCCAAAAAUUCAAUAAGAAGAGAGACCUAUUCUCGCAUAUGAAAAACUAUCACAGAGAGGGCGGGUAUAGAUGCGAUUUAUGCCCCCAGAAAUUUACCUCCUUAAAUAUUCUAAGGAAACAUAGAAAUAAUCGACAUUUGACGAGGUGUAACAUUUGUCUGUUGAAACUACCUUCAGCGGCGCUUAAACAGAAACAUAUGGAUCUGGAGCACCCGGAUGACGGUUCCCUAAAAUGUGAUAAUUGUUGCAAGGAGUUUCACACAAAACAAGGCUUGAAAAUGCAUACAAGGAAGUGUAAAGGUGUUGAGGAAGUAUUGGAAAUAGGCAUUAAAAGAGAGGGCUAUGAGGCUAUGGAUGUAGAUGACAGCUAUGAAGAUCUGGUGAAGAGACCUAGCGUGAAACAAAUCAGGGAGAACAUUGUCACAGUCAUUAAUAUGUCUACGGCGAUACCUUUUAAUUUUUACAAAAACAAAUUUAAUUGUUUCUAUUGCUCGAAAGAUUUCGCAGACUCCGAUUCAAUGCGGGAUCACACGGUCGUAGAACAUCCUGUGUGCGACGUAAAGCAGAAAUGUAUUAGGAAAUGUAGGGAAUCGGUGGCGUGCGUUAAAAUCGACAUAUCGACGCUGGCUUGUAAGGUUUGUUUCCAGUCCAUUAGCGAAUUAGAUCUUCUGAUAGACCAUUUAAUAGAUAAGCACAAUGCUAAUUAUGAUAAAUCUAUAACGACAUGCUUACAACCCUACAAACUAAUUAAAGACCAUAUGGCGUGUCCAGUUUGUCCCAAUGAGGUUUUCAGGUUUUUCGGCACACUACUCAAACAUAUGAAUAACAGACAUACAAACAAUAAUAUAAUUUGCGUGUACUGCGGACAAACUUUCAGACGCGAUCAAAAUCUUAGAGUCCACAUAUGGCGGCACCAUAGAGACGGUAGGUUUAAAUGUAAUAUUUGCGGCGCCGAAUGCAAUAUACCUUCCCGCUUGUAUAUGCAUAUGGCUAAAGUUCACGGUGUAAAAGCGGCGAAGUGUCCGAAGUGUCCUGAAUCGUUUGCCACGCAGUAUUUGCGGCAAAAACAUCUGAUCGACGCCCACGAAUCUGGUCACAAGUGUUCCUACUGCGGCAAACUGUUCACUCGGAACUCUUUCAUGCGGGACCACGUCAGGCGCACCCAUUUGAAGGAGAAGAACGUGGAGUGUACGAUUUGUAACAUGAAGUUCUUUAACAAUAUUCUCUUGAGGAGGCAUAUGGUGAAGCACAGUGGUGAGAAAAAUUUCAACUGUGACAUAUGCGGUGAACGGUUUUACUGGAGGAAAAGUCUGCGCACCCACAUGACUCGACAUAGUAAACACGUCACCACAUUACAAUUGUAA